GUCGAACUGAACAAAGUGAACUUAAGUGAACUUGGGCCAAAACUGCAAAAGGACUACAGCAUGACAGCUCCAUGAUGCAGUUUUGGCCGUCCAGUGACUGUAAUACGGCAUUUGACGCUCGACUUACGAGAGACAGAAUAUAAACCACCCGUCAUUUCAGACACAAUUGCACAUCACACCACCAGCAACACUCUCAACAGCCACACCGCCAUAUAAUAAAUAUGUAUCGCUUGGCUACCCACACCGGCCUCAGGCAGGUCCCCAGAAGCAUCGCCAACAGCAUUUCCCGCCCCGCCCUCGCAACCCCGCGCUUUAUCCAGCCCGUCGCCAUCCGCACCAUGAUGGACUCCCCCUACAGCGCCGUCAAGGUCUCUGACCGCGUCAAGCACGAUCAUGCCGAGCUCGAGAAGCAGUACAGGAAUAUCCUCGCUGCCGAGGAUGAAGAUACCAAAGUCCGAUGGCAGAACCAGUUCAUCUGGGAGCUUGCCCGCCACUCCAUCGCCGAGGAGAUUAUCGUCUACCCGGCCUUCGAGAAGUUUGUUCCUAACGGCCUAGUGAUGGCCGAAAAGGAUCGUGCCGAGCAUCAGAGGGUCAAGAAUCUCCUCUACGAGUUCGAGAAGAUGACUCCCUCGUCCCCCGACUUCCUCCCCACCCUCGACAAGCUCUGGGACGCUCUCUCUGAUCACAUCACGGAGGAAGAACGCGAUGACCUCCCUGCUCUCGAGGAGAAUAUCGACGUCGAAUACUCGAGCAAGCUGGCCUCUAGCUUCAACACCACCAAGCACUUUGUCCCCACUCACAGCCACCCCAGCGCUCCUGACAAGCCGCCCUACGAGACUGCGAUUGGUCUGCUGACCACCCCAAUGGACAAGCUGAUCGAUAUGUUUAGGAAGUUUCCCAAGGAGGAUAAAAAGGCGUAAGUACCUGACGAGGUGGAACAAUGGGAGGAUGAUAAGCAGGAUCUGUACGCUAUACAUGUAUGAACAAUGAUGAUGAUGAUGAUGUUAUGAAACAUAUAUACACAAGGACCCCGUCUCUGACUGCCAUUAACAAAGAUGGAACAUGGAAUAAAAAGCUCACUCACUAG